AGCUGCAGGGGAUGUAGGGGAGGAAAUCUGCGUCCACUUCAUUUUUCACACUGCCAAGAAACUUCACUUAUCAAGGUGAAGACUCCUGCAACAUGGACGGCUUUUAUGACCAGCAGGUCCCUUUUGUGCUCCCUGAGAGUUGCCUGUGACAACAAAGCCUCCACACAAGUACAGUGUGGCUCCAGCCAUCCUGCUGGACCUCCACCCGUACAGCGGCAGUUACAGCCUCCCGCCCCCCAGCUAGCCAAUAACUGCCCCCCAAGCCAUAUUCCUGCCCCGAGCCCCUCCCACCACCACCACAACCUCCCACAGGCCAACCAAAGCCAGCAGUUUGCUCUGCCGCAUCCCCCCAUCAGCUGCCCCGGGGCACCUUUCAGCACAGAACAAAGGUUUCAGCGGCAGCUGUCAGAGCCCUGCUUGUCUUUCCUCCCUCCGGAGAAAACGGGGAACGCGCCGUACCAAUCCUCGAGCCGUGAUGGGCGGCCGCUGUACCAGCGCCACCUUUCGGAUCCCCUGGUUCCCCAAGGCCCUCGAGGUUUCAAACAGGAGCUGGUGGACCCACGAUACCCAGAGCCAGGGCCACCCGGUCAAGGUCUGGCCCAGCCCCAAACUGCCUUCAACCAUGUCACAAUCAAACAAGAGCCAAGAGACUUUGGCUUUGACUCAGAGGUUCAGACCUGCCAGUCAUCACCAUUUGGAAAGUCUCCAGUCUUGUACCAAAAUAACAGUGUUGGGUUCGGUCAUGACAGAGAGCCACAUUUGUACUAUGACGACACUUGUGUUGUGCCAGAAAGACUGGAAGGUAAAGUGAAGCAGGAGGGUUUGCCGUACCAGCGCCGCGGCUCCCUGCAGCUCUGGCAGUUCCUGCUCACGCUGUUGGACAACCCGGCCAACGGACACCUGAUUGUCUGGACGGGACGCAACAUGGAGUUCAAACUAAUCGAUCCUGAAGAGGUGGCUCGGCUGUGGGGGCUCCAGAAGAAUCGACCGGCAAUGAACUACGACAAGCUGAGCCGCUCACUGAGAUAUUACUAUGAGAAGGGCAUAAUGCAGAAGGUGGCUGGGGAAAGGUAUGUCUACAAGUUUGUAUGCAACCCCGAGGCGCUUUUCUCCAUGGCUUUCCCAGACAACCAGAGGCCGAGUCUGAAGGCCGACCCGGACGCCAUCUUGCCUCCCAGCGAGGAAGACGGCUUCCCCCUGCCCAGCUACGAGGAGGAGGGUCCAUACCUGGCUGACGGAGGGGAGCAGUGCGUCCGGGGACUGGCUUUCCCCGACAGCUACCCUUACUAGAGUCCACAGCCUGGCAGCUGGAGGAAACAUGAGAUGUUUAAAACAGCAGGAACCUGAAUUACUGAGCAGUGUUUGAGAUUUUCAAGCUGUAUACCCGCAUUAUAUAUGAAUUUAUGAGAGUAAGUAAAUGUCUCUUUUGCCAAAUAUUUAGUUUGCAAAAUUAUGAUUCAGCCUGAAGCUGCAAAUCUGAGACUGUUAAUUUGAACUCACUCCCUCAGCAGAAAUGCAAUUCUUUGUCCAAUACUAGUGUAGUUGGGAUUUGGUUUUAUUUCAAGAAUAAAGUUGUUAUAAAUUGAGAGAAAGUUUUAAUAUUUCAAAAAUAGUUCAUAAUAGAAUCAUAAUGUUACAAAAAGUCAUAAUAUUUUAAAGUUUUUUUUGUGAAAAUGUCAUAGUAUGAUAGGUCGUAACAUUUUAAGAUAGUCGUGAUUUUAUGAGAAACACGAGUCAUAAUAUUAUGAGAAUAAAGUUGUGAUUUGACACACAAGCUAACAGAUAAUGUUUUUUAAUGAACUUACAUUUUUCUCAAUAUUACAUAAACUAAAUUUAUUCUUGAAAUAUUAAAAAAAUUUUCCUCAAUAUUUACAUUUUAUUCUCAAAAUCACAGGUUUUUCCCUCUGCCACAGUGACCCUCAGUUGUAAUUUAGUAGCAUGGCUGUUGCUGUAGUCCUCGCGUACGUAAACUCUGGGAUCUGUAUUUCAACCAAAAAGUAUCUCAAAGCCAUGGCACUCCUUCACUAAUCUACUUCUAAACACCUUCUAGUGCUUGAAAGGGACACACUUAUAUUUUCCAAAUGUUAUGGUCCGCCUAUAAACGUGUAUAUUAAAGUGUCUUUUGUGUACUUUUUCUUGUUUUCAAAGCUAAUAUUUUUGGCAUUAUAUUGACUUGUAAGUUUUUCCUAAACCAUUUUAUGACAAAGGUACUGCUCCUAUUUUUGAUUCUGUAAUACUGCCACUGCUAAUAAUAAGCAUGGACUUUCUUACAAACGGCUCACCAGUUAUUGUACUGAGAUAGUUUUCUGCAUUUUGUAUAGUUGAUUUGCUUCAAUGUGUAGAAAAUGUGUAUAAUUAUAUAUGAAUAUAUUUUUUCAAAAGGCUGCAUUUGCUUUACGUCGUACCAUGAGCUGCUGAGUUUAGCCUGCUAAUGUACUGCGUCAGUUUCAGCCCCCCAAGGUGGAAUGACUCAUACCUUUUAGAAAGUGGAUGUAAUGGUAUAUUUUGCGAUAUGAUCACAUGGUGUAGAGUGGAGGCUGGAGAAGGAUACUGACACUGGUGUGACGUCUACCCUCAGAUACUGUAUGUGUGCCUUCUGUUGAUCUUUACUGAUACAAUAAACUAUUUUACUCUUUUC